GAUUUGGAAUGCUUUGACUGAUAAUUAUGGGAACGUAAUGCCAGUUGACUGGAAAUCUUCCCACACCAGAGCUUUGCACUUGCCAACACUGAAUCUUUCAGAAAAGGGGGUAAAUGAUAACCUGAACCUUGACCUGUCAGAUGACGAAGAGCUAAGAGAGCAGCUGGAUAUGCAUUCUAUCAUUGUUUCCUGCAUCAAUGAUGAACCACUCUUCACAGCAGAGCAGGUGAUUGAAGAAAUAGAGGAAAUGAUGCAGGAAUCACCUGAUCCAGAAGAUGAUGAAACGCCCACCCAGUCAGAUCGGCUCUCCAUGCUUUCCCAGGAAAUUCAAACACUCAAGAGAUCUAGUACAAACAACAGCUAUGAAGAGAGAGUAAAAAGAUUGUCUGUUGCUGAGUUAAAUGAACUGCUAGAAGAAAUUGAGACUGCUAUCAAGGAUUAUUCUGAGGAACUGGUACAGCAGCUGGCUUUACGAGAUGAGUUGGAGUUUGAGAAGGAGGUGAAAAACAGCUUCAUUUCUGUCCUCAUCGAAGUACAAAACAAACAGAGAGAACACAAAGAAUCAGCAAAGAAGAAAAAGAAGCUGAAAAAUGGUAGUCCUCAGAAUGGCAAACAAGAAAGAGCUCAUAUGCCUGGAACACGCUUCAGCAUGGAAGGGAUUUCAAAUGUCAUACAGAAUGGCCUCCGCCACACCUUUGGAAACGCGGGUGGAGAGAAACAGUACUUAACAACCGUCAUUCCUUAUGAGAAGAAAAAUGGACCCCCAUCUGUUGAAGAUCUUCAAACGUUAACUAAAAUUCUGCAUGCCAUGAAAGAGGAUAGCGAGAAAGUGCCAAGCUUGUUAACGGACUAUAUUUUAAAGGUGCUGUGUCCUACAUGAAGAGGGCUGCCUUUCAGAAUUAGCCAACCUCCUUCUUGUGAUGAGAAGCUUUCUGUGUAUAUAACUCAUAGUAUUUUUUCAUUUGGCACUAUACCCAAACCAGUAUGCAUUUACCUUCUCUGUGUGUAUGUGGAUUUUCUAAUUCUGCAGUAAGUCCUUCUGGGCAUGACAACUCAUCCGUUUUAACUUAAUAGUGCAAUGAACUGGAGCAGGGAACAAACAUUGUACAGUUUUACUCAUGUUGUUCUGGCUUUUUAAAGUCUAUUUUUACAUUGUAUAGCAUGUAGUAAAUCCUCCUGCACAUUUUGUUGUUGGAAGGAAAAGUAAACUUUGAAUAGUGUAAAUAAAAUAAGCCUAGUUUUAAGGAAU